GAAGACGCCCUGGCGCGCCCUCCCCCCCUCCCCGGUCUGGUAGGGCGAAGGAGCGGGCGCGCGGUCGAUCGAGCGAUCGGUUGGCGGCUCUUUCUCCUGCUCUGGCAUCCAGCUCUUGGGGCGCAGGCCCGGCCGCCGCGGCGCGCGCCCGGUGGCCGUUGGCGCUCGCGCCGCGUCUUUCUUCUCGUACGCAGAACUCGGGCGGCGGCCUAUGCGUUUGCGAUUCGACGAGGAGUCGUCCGGGUGGUUGGCGGCGGCGGGCAGCUGCUCCGCCCCGCUCCCGGGGAGGCGGCGGCGGCGGCGGGAUUUGGCGCGGCCGGGGAGGCGGGGGUGGCCGGGGCCGGCGUGGAGGCCUGGCGCCACCCUUCGGGGCCUGCAAGGACCCAGUUGGGGGGGCAAGAGGGGGCUGGGGGAUGGUUGGUGGUGGGCUUUCUACUUUGUCUUUUCCUCCUCAUGCCCCCUUAGUGAGGGGCGGGAGCUUUGGCGGCAGCUCCGGGGCGGGGAGACAAGCCCCGGAGUCGGAAGAGCUGGGUUUGCUUCCGGGCCUAGCCACCAGCUGGUCGAGUGACCUUAGGCAAAUCACUCUGUAAUUUGUCAGCGCCUCAGUUUCCUCCUCUGCCUAUCAAUGUUUGUAGGGUUGAAAGCGCUUUGUAAACUAUAAAGCGUCGCUGUACGUAAGGGAUGAUUAUUGUUUGUAAUGGGGUUUUUUUUGAGUUGUAAGAAAAGUUAGCAAUUGCCCAGUUCUUGGAUUUUGAACCUGGGAACCUUGGAUUGGAGUUGGAAGCCCCCAAGUUCCCCCGGAAUUGUAUGCAGAAAUAGUGGGAGUGUGCAUUUGGGGGAAUGAG